AUAAAAUUCAUAAAUGUCUCACUACUUCGACUCACUAAAGCUCGAGGCAGACCAGAAAGACUUGCUGAUCAGUGAGCUCAAGGCUGAAAAUUUUGAACUGAGGAACAAAGAAAGGCAUUACCACACCAUGCACGAUAAUAUUGGAGGCAUUGAGCAUGAAUGCGCAAUAGUCAGCGAAGAAAAGCGUUCAAUGGAGGAAGAAAUGAGGAGACGCUCUGAAGCUGACGGUGCCUCUAUCAGAAGACUUAGAGAGGAAAAUGAAAGCCUUGUCAGAUCCAAUCAAGAAGCUGACCACAGACUUUUUGUACUCAAGGAGGAAAUCUCUAAGCUCAGAGCAGUUAAUGAUGGAAAGGCUAGAGAAAUUUCAGAUUUAACCGAUAGUAUUAAUCUCAGAGAGUCUGAUAAUAAUGCUCUUAGAGGGCAAAUUCAGGAUACCGAGAAAUUGAUCUCCUCUGAAGUCUCAGAAGGUUCCAAGCUGAGAGCUGAUAUUUGUAGAACCAAGGACGAUAUCGACAAAAUAACCUCUGAUAUUGUAUUGACCGAUAACUGCAUUGCAAACAGACAUGCUGAUAUCGAUGGACUAAAUGCCAAUAUUAGCAAGAGAAUGGUCGAUAUUGAUGAGAAAAAUAAGGAUAUCUCAAUUGCUGAAGGAGAGCUCUAUAGACUCGAAGACAAUCUUGGAAAAGCCAAACAAGACCAGGCCAGGCUAAAGGAUAGAUUAGCCGUUGAAACUGAUAGUCAUCAUAAGCUUAGGCAAGACCAAGACCACCAAAAUUGUUUGAGAGGAAAGGUCAGAGAUCUAGAGGCUCAGAAUGAUAGCAGAGGAGCCCAAAUUACAGUUGCAAAAGAUGAUCUUGCAAGACUCAAUGCUUCUUUCCAUGCUUGAGAGGACUGCAACCGCAACCUUGAGGAAGAACUUGAUGCUCUCACCAAGCACAGUGACAUGCUGACCAGCCAAAACCAUGUGCUAAACCUCGAACUUGAAGAACAAGUUGAGAAUGAGGAAUUCGUGAGAAGAGAACUUGACAGAAAGGGAAAAGUAUGCGCUAUCAGAAAAGAUAACGAUGACCACUUAAGACAAUCACUUCAUUACUUAAAUGAAGUUAAGGCAAGAAGCCCAAUUAGAAGAGGAAGAUAA